GCGGUGAGAUGAAGGGCGGGGCUUAUCGGAACACGGGUGGGGAAAAGUAGCGUCUGGUUUGUGUGUCCAUGCUGAACUUCGAGGAAGUGUUGAAUCAUUUCACCGGAGCACUGUUUCACCUGCCGAGCAACGAUGGACAAGUUGCGUCGUGUAUUAAGUGGAGGAGAGGAGAAUGAAGAAGUGGGACUUACAGCACAGAUCAUGGACGGCACAACACUCAGUUUCGGCACACGGGUGAAGUGGUUUGUCAUUUGUUUCGCUGGAGGAGUCCUGUGCUCAAUACUUGGAACUGCACUCCUCUUCUUGCCCAAGGCUGGUGUUAAUUUGUUUGCUGUAUUCUACACCCUUGGAAAUAUUGCAGCGAUUUCAAGCACCUGUUUCCUGAUGGGCCCAUUCAAACAGCUGAAGCGAAUGUUUGAGCCCACCAGACUCAUAGCCACUAUUAUGAUGCUGCUAUUCCUUGUGUUGACGUUAUGUGCAGUGUUUUGGUGGGGCAAAAGGGGUCUGGCGAUCAUCUUCUGCAUUUUGCAAUUUUUGGCUAUGACAUGGUACAGCAUCUCCUACAUUCCAUUUGCACGGGAUGCUGUUAUUAAGUGCUUCACCUCCUGUUUGAGCUAAACUAUCCAGUAUUUCAUCUGACGACCAGACCUCCAUAGUAGAUGUUUUUUUUUAAAAGAUUGUUUUCCUCUUUCAUCUCCAAACCACACUGUCCUCCGUGACCUUAAAACAUUUCCUCUUUUGUCUUAAUAUAAUCAUUUAAAAUUAACAUUGUGUAAUAUUAAAGGUGCAGUAGGAGAUCUUGGAAAAUGCUAACUUUAGACUGAAAGCGAACGUCCCACCCUCCCUGCAAUCGCCGUCCUAAGCCACGCCCCCUCAACGCAUAUAGGCUCACAGACCAGAAUACCAGAGACAACAUUACUACGAUAGGCUACAUCAGCUGUUCCCAAUUCCA